UGUUCCUGCCAUGUCAUGGGCUCGCUGUCUGCAGCACUGUCUUCAUCACGAUCAAAACCGGCACAUCCGAUGAUUCAUGGGCGAAUCCUACGACCAGUCUUAUCAGUCUUAUCGUGGACUCACGUGGAGUACGCAGUGUACGUGCCGGAUGUUCAACGGUUGUCUGCUGUCAACACUGUGAAACAAAACCACUCUCAGCACCUGCCUAAUGUUUACGGGAGGAAAAACACUGAGGCUAAUCCGCCAAGCGAGCUCCUUUUUCGAAGUAUGUGUGACGCAGGGACAGGACGAAGGCCCCGCGUGGGAUUCUGGUGGACGGAAAAGAAGAGCCGAGAAUUCAGUGCGGAAGACUUUGCGAAGGCUUGCUCAGCUUAUGGACUAGAGGCUGUAAAGUUGGACCUGGAGAGACCUUUUGAGGAACAAGGCCCCAUUGCUGCCAUUGUCCACAAAUCCUGUCACAUACUUGUUCAGGCUGACCAAGGCAAUGCAGAGUGUCAACGUAUUACGUCGGAGUUUGAGAAAUACUGUUGCACCCACCCUGAAGUGCUAGUCCUUGACCCUCUGGAAAAUGUGCGCAAAGUCCUUAAUCGAUUUCAUCAGUACCAGUUAGUGGAAAAAAGCAAACUUAGCGACACAGAUUGGGCCUUCAUUCCACCCUUUGUGGAAUUAAAAUCUGGGGACACAGAGGAUAUCCUGAAGAGACUCAACAGUCGUUCCAUCACCUUCCCUAUUGUAUGCAAGCCUAUUGUGUCCCAUGGCAUGAAGAAAGCUCAUCAGAUGUGCCUGGUGUUUGGUGAACGAGGGCUCAGCGAUAUUCCUGUGCCAUGCGUGGCUCAACAGUUUGUAGUACAUGAUGCGCGGCUGCUCAAGGUCUACGUGCUGGGUCCCCAAUACCACCUCACCUGGCGACCCUCCCUCCGAAACUUCAGUGCUGGCAAUGAUUCGACCAUCUUUUUCAACAGCCAAGAAGUAUCCAAGCCACACUCCAGCUCCCCAUUAAUAGAUGAGGCGACGACAUCGGAAGCUCCUGUGAGCAAACCAGCAACACCGUGUUCAUGGCAGCUGCGUUUCCUGGUGGAUGUGAUACGAGAGGAACUUGGCCAGCAGCUUUUUGGCAUUGACAUCAUUGUUGAGAAGGGUACGGGAAGACUUUGUAUCAUCGACAUCAACAACUUUCCAGGUUACGAUGGUGUGGAUAAUUUUCUGGAGCAGUUGAGUCGACUCCUCGCAGACCUCAUAGUUCCAGAACCAGCCGAUUCUGGAAUCGACACCUCUGACUCUUCAGACGAAAAGAAGAAACUGUCCACGCCAAGCAAAACACCACGGAAGCAGCACUAUCGUCCCAACCCAUGAAAGCAUUCCAGUGCAAUCCACUUAAAAAAGUAACUUGCAUGUCACACUUCAGUGGAGUCAUCAAUGGAAGUGGGGGACUCUUAUUGGACAUUUGCAAUGCAUUUCAUCUCACUCCUCAGUGUGCACGAUGCCUAAAAGGUGUGCCUCCAAGGGGAAAAUGUACAACAGUGCCACUACGCCAGUUCUGCCUUCCUGGCCACUUGAUUUUCGUAUGUAGAUUCCAUGUUAUAAAAUUACACAUAAAUUGUAUCAUGAUAUUGUGAUUGUGCUAUGUGAACUGGAGUGCAAAGAUCUGUAAAUAAUGCAGCAGACAAUACUGUUUCCUCGAACAUGGGGCAACUAUACAUAUUUUUAGAGCAAAAACUGGAUUAAUAAGUAUUAUUCAGCUUACGUAUAUCACCACAUGGAGGGAUUCUGCGACUUCUAACUGGAUGGCAAUUGAAAUAUAACUGCAAAUCAGAAAUUGACACUGGAAAAUUACCAUUGGUGCAUACAGACGGAGGUGUCGCCCAGCAGUAUUUGCUUUUCACUAAAAUACAAAAAUUAUCCCUACAAACCUGUCAAAUCUUUCCCCAAAACAAACUUCAAACUCUCUUGCUUGAACAUCACAGCAGACUGCGCAUUGAUGCAUCCCUCAAAAGAACAUAUGGUGAGACAUUUGCACAUCAUGUGCACCCUGUGACAGAAAAAUCAAUCAUUUUAACCUUCCCUCCCCCUCGUUUCAAAAGAUGAGUUCAUGACCAGCUAUGGAGAACAUACUGUUUCCGUAAGAUGCAAAUGCAAAGAAACAAGUGAGGUUCGCGGAUUGGCAGUGCCUUAUUGUUCUUCCUACCUCUAUAAAUGCAAACUGUCUGCUAACCAAUAGGACAAGGGAUUUGUGGUGCAACACCUAUAUCAGGUGGCUCCCAAUUGGCCACCUGCACAUCAUAUUCCUUGACUGUUGUCCACACAUUGCGGUCAGCAUCAUUCCAAUCUCUUGUGGAGCUGAGAAGCUGUGACAAAUUGAAGUCUUUCACUUUUUACGUGGCCAAAAGAAUAUAUCCUUCUCAUUGCCUCUGUGAACAAUUAGUACCUCUGCAUGUGAGAUCUUGCCAUAAUUUCAUGUGUGCACAAAAUUUUGAAUUGUACUCAUUGCAGGUGGUGCUUGUAAGAUGUCUGUGUGACCAUGUCCUACAUUUGUGCAUUGCUUCUUGUUUAACAUGGUAGCUCCGCACUAAUCAAAUAAAAUAACUACAGUGCA